AAAUUAUUUUAUUAAAAUGUUUAACUUCUUUUCGCGCUCCUCUGCUGCCUCAGCUGCUUCAACAGCAGCUUCAACUGUUUUCUACGCCGCUUCAACAGCGGUGUCCAAUGCUUUCGCCGCAUUGUCGGCUUCCUUUUCUCUCUCUCCUCCUCUCACUACCUGGCAGGCCAGUAGUGAUGAAUCCGAAGCAGUAGCUGGUCUACUUGCUAUAUCAUCUCCUUCGUUCCGUGGUGUUGAUUUUGGUUUCGGUGCUGGUGUCGGUGUUGGCGUUUCGCCAUUCGGCGAUGAAGAAGAAGAGGUGUCUUCUGUUCGUGGUGCUGGUGCUUGGGUCUGUCCUCCCUUUACUUGGAAGGACGGCGAUCAUGAAAGUUGGGUGUCCUGGCUCUCACAAGAAGAAGAAGAAUUGGCUCCUCUCGUUGAUGAUGUGUUCUCCUACUCUUUGCCAUCCUCUCAGGCCUCUGUGGAGUCCGACUUAAUGGACUUGGACAAUGACUCCAUGGAGGUCGACGAUCCUGUUGAUCUCCUCUGUGAACACUUUGAGGGGAUGGCCUUGGCUACCACUGGCGACGAUCUUAUGGAAGGAAUAAUCUACGGUGACUUCUAAGCCGGUGGUAGCCUUCGAAGUUCAGCGAGGGGAAGCUGAUAAAAUACUCAUGGCCAGGACAUCCUUGUAAAUAAUGUAUAUAAAAAAAA